AUGAUCCCGCUGGCCCGGUUGUUCUGGCUGCUAGAGGGGGAAAGAGACGCGGACAAGCGAAACAAGUUCCACAUCAAGGCGUUCCAGAUCUGGAGCUCGAAGAACACGCUGAAAAAACCGACCCAUGACAACCCGAACAGAGUGGCACCACUAGCGCAGGGGAAUACCAACACGGGGGGGAAUGUGUACUCGAGUUGUGCUGGUACAACUGCUCUUUCCCAGCAACAAGACCAACAGCUUUCCUGCUACGUUUUGUCGCCAAAAAUGAAGUGGCUGUGCGAGAAAAUUGUCCUGUCCACGAAAACCACCUCGAAGCAGUUACAGCAGCAAGGAAUUGAUGUCGAGGAGAGUGAAGAUCUUCUGGAUGAUGUUGUGGCCUCUGACAACUCCCAGGUCCUGGCAACGACUACGAGGACGUCGCAAGAAGUACUGUCAUCUUCCUCCUCCUCCUCCACAGUAGUUCACGUUGAAGCUGGUAGUACAACGACCGCGGGGCGCGGCGCUAUUAGUUGUGACCCUGCUACAUCAACUACAACUGUGGUAUCAGGAACUACAUCAGAGAUUUGCACCACUACAACGGUCAUCACCUCGCACACGACGACCAACAAAACGCUGUACAGUGUCAAGAAGACCCCGGGGCCGAUCUACAGUGCCGGUGGCGCGUCGUUUCUGGAGCCGGGAGAGACUUUUGUGAACGGAGAAGUUGAGAAUGUGCGGGUGGUGCCAAGAGUGGGAAAACGAGGAACAACUGGGGGAGCAGGAGGUGGAGAAAAGUGCUGGAAUAGAAGAGACCAUGACGACAGCACGAUGGCGCACGACACCCGAAGGGAAGGAGAUCAAGAGGUUUUUGACCAUGACACAACCCAAAGCUGCAGCAACAAAAUCGAUCACGUCGAAGUGUUCUGGAAUGACAGGCGCAAGCCACGGUGCUUUAUGAGAGUGCACAACUCCCCCUCCCCCUCAUUUGUGAUGCAAAAUCCCAGAUCCAAUUGCUGCCUUCUGGCACUGUAUGCAUCACAAAUUUUGGAAGCCCAUCAAACAGCAGUACUACAUUGGGCGCAUAAAUUUGUCAUGCACAGCAUCCACGUGUGCUAGUGUUUGUAUUGCAGUUCGCGCAAUACAAAUGAGGGGGAGGGGGAGUUGUGCACUUUCAUAUGCUUAACGAUCGACCCGCUUGACGGCCCGGUCACUAUUUUGACAAAGCCGUAUCCAGGAAAAAAACUGUGUGAGUGUAACUGUGUAGGAAGAGCAGCAUCACAAAUUCGCUUUGCAUUACAGGGAAAACCUGUCAUGCGCAGCUAGAACGUGGAAAUACGUAUGGAAUUAGCCUAUGACGCAGAUCUAGCAUGACAAGUGUAACAGUUUUGCACUUUCUGCAUCACAGAUUUACACUCACAUAGUUUUUUUCUUGCAUAAGCCGCCCAUCUGCUGUAGUGACACAACUGGUGGUGCAAAAAUAUGGCGUUCUCAACUGUUACAUUCUCAACUGUUACAUGAAUUUGUCAUGCAGAACUACCAUCAAGAUCCACACGAGAAAGCUGCUUCGCAUGACAAAUUUGCGAAGGGCUAAACAGCGCCUAAAUCUGUGCAGAACUUGUAAUGCCAGAGGUGCAGCCUCCCCCCUUUCACUUUUGCAAUUCUUGCAUCACAAAGCCAUGUAACAGUUGAGAAUGUAACAGUUGAGAACGCCAUAAAAAAUGAACGACGAGAAGUUCAUCUCUAGUAGCUCUGCUGGAGGUGCAGGAGCUGUAGUGAAGAUGAACACCGACGAUGGCAGAAGUACAACCGCAUCCACCUCCUCCACCUCUUCUUUCUACGUCGACGGGCUCGUGAAUGCCGCGGCCGCUUCGGUGAAUCUGAUUCCCCCGUGCGACGAGGGAGCUAUAUGCAAGAAAAAAACUGUGUAAGUGUAAAUUUGUGUUGCAGAAGAUGCAACAGAGUUACACCUGUCAUGCCAGACAGCCAUGAGGUCCUCUUUUCAUGUGUGUUUUCCCUUACAAACCAUGUAUGACAGGUUUUCUCUGUCAUGUAGAGCAAAUUUGUGAUGCUGUUCCUCAAAGGAAGUUACACUUACACACUUUUUUUCCUGGAUAAGCUAGUUACAUGACGGAGCAUAAUUACGGAACCACAACAGUGACUAGAACCACGGGUUCUUUUGCAGCUUCGCAAAAUCUUCUAAAUCAACAGCAGUACAACAAUAGCAAAAAUUCCAACCAAGAAAACGACUUCCAACUGCACCGCAACGCCGCGAGACACUGUAAAACCGCCUUUAAUAACGGAGGUGUGGCCGCCUCCGCAAGUGGUGACGGCGCUGUUGUUCCAUCAUCGCAGCGCGAAACUGAAGAUGAUGUUGGUGGUGCAACAAACCUCAAAAACAACAACAAAAUUCUAGAAUCCCACUCCACCCGCAUGAUUGAAUUUCACUGCUCCCAUAUGCAAGAAAAAAACUCAUGUAAGUGUAAGUCUGUGAUGCAGAAAGUGCAAAGUUGUUUACACUUGUCAUGCUGGAUGUGUGUCAUAACCCACUUUCAUACGUGUUUUCACGUACUAGCUGCGCAUGACAGAUUUUCCCUGUAAUGCAAAGCGAUUUUGUGAUGCUGCUCUCCCUACAAACUUACACUUAAUACACAGUUUUUUCCCUGGAUAUCCCACAGUAUUUCCAACGGCUCGCUGAAAAUCGGGGUGCUCGUGCGGGAAACGAACCCGGCUACCAACCAGAGCUUCUGGGUAUCAUAUGUAAAGACGUCCCCACCCCAUAGUUGUAAUGCUGGUCUGCAUGCUCAUGCUGAAAAUGUUUGUCAUGGGGAGCCCCAUGAGAAGCAUUUUCUAAAUCGUGUUUUGGAAUUUGUGAUGCUCCAAUCAGCAUGAUGCGCUAGAUCUGGGAUGCUGCAAAACUACCUGAACAGGAUUACUCUACGAGGCCAAAAAACUUGUCAUGCGCAACAGCCAAAGCGUAGUUAUAUAUUUGUCUUGCAGAUUUCCCAAGAACUUGGCUAUGGGGUGGGGACGUUUUUGCACAGGAUUCUGGGCGGAGAAAACCACGAUGGCGACGGCCGGCGCGAGAAGGCGAACGCGGAGAAACGCAAAGUUUGUGGCGAAAUUAAAGGGAGAAGGAUACGCCGUCGGGAGCGACAACGAAGGUGAUUUUCAGCACGAUCCUGAGUUCGCGGAGGAAGUAUCCUGUGCAAAAGUAUCGUACUCGUAUUGCAUAAUCAUGCAUUUACAAAUCUUUUCCUCAAGGUAAAUUAGCAUUAGAAAUUUUCUCUCUCAUGCUGAGGAAAUUUGUAAUGCAUUUAUACGAGUACGAUGUUGCUUUUGCACUGCAUAGGAAGAUGCGGUCGAUGAUGCGAAGGUCGACGUUGAAGACCAGGAUUACAAUACCCUGAGCAAAAACGUCCCCACCCCAUAGUCAAGUUGCAAACUCGGCAACACAAAUCCAGAAGUUUUGGGAGCCACGCAUGACAAGUUCGUCUCUGUUGUAUUGUAAGUGCAUCUACUUAGCAAGGACAGCCGCAUCACAAACCCAUCUCUUUAUCCUGUUUACAGCAUUACAGAAACAGAUCCCAAAACACGACUAGAAAUGGCUCUCAUUGGAAUGCGCAUUACAAGUCUUUCUAUCUUUGCAAAUCUGCAUGACAACCCUGGGGUGUGGACGUUUUUACUCAGGAUAUACAACUACCUGCAGCACGGUGGAGCCAGGUCUUCCAACAUGUCGACCGCGGUACGGCCGCGCGGAGGAGGUGGUCAGCAGACGUAUACCUCCCGAGGAGGCCCAAGAACUUCCACUUCGGCCAAUCGCGGUAGCACUUUCUACCAGCAACCGCAAGCGGGCCACCGUGGAAACAAGAAUUACAACAGGAUGUCGUCGACACGGGAAGUAGAACACCGAGGUGAAGGAUCAGCGGUAGAGUACGAUCCUCGUCAAGGAGCGGCCCGCGGCCCGCAAAAUAGUAAUCCUCGUGGUCAACAGCAGUAUCGGAUGAACGGAGCAGGACCAGAAGCGCCACCACUUCGUGCAGCAGGAGGUUCUACUUUUCAACAAAACCAACAACGAGACGCACAACUACAACACCCGGGGGGCACCAGCAGCUCUUUGUUCAAUCGUAACAAGCAGCACACGACAGCGACAUCAAUAUCUUCGGGUAACAGCUACAAUUAUUCAUCGCACCACGAAAUAAACUACCGCGGAUCGAACAAUGCUGGAGGAAUGUCGUCGGCGUCGAAUGGGCGUUUUUACUAG